GGGUGGGGUGACUGAGCGCUGCAAACCAUGUUCUUAGGAGCGUGGGACACUAUAUAGAACGGGUUCUGAAGGGCCUUUAGGAUGUCCGGAGAAGACUGGGGAAGAGAGGAGCUUUGUCGGUAGCCUUCUGUGCAUGCGUAGGUGUUUUGGAAUUCUGGAUCCCAGAUCUCCGAACCUCAGCCGAAGUCACUGCUUGUGAAUUCACUGCCCUUCGUGCCAGGCGCUGGCCGGAAUGGCGCGGAUGGGUGAGGUGGGCUGUCGCAGCGAUAUGCUAGAAACAGUUUCUGUCCUAUCUCUACGGGUCUUCUUGUUGCAAGUGGGACCUAGCAUGUCUUUUGGGGUUGAAUUUAGGAAAGGCUCUGUGGAGGAAAUACAUGGGAAGAAUGCAAAGAAUAAAGAACGGGCAUUCUGGGCAGAGAGAACUGCGAGAAGAAGGAGGUGGGAGGUGUUUUGCCUGUUUGUGUGUGUGUGUGGGGGGCGUUAUUAGGAGCUAAGCCAUGAAACACAGGUUGGCGCCUUGUUGUAGAGGCCCUCGAGUACCAGGCUGAGGAGUUUGAAUAGUUUAGGGUCGGCUGGGAGACUGGAGAAGGGAUUGAUAUAAAUUGAAGUUGAUCCUUUAGAUUUCUGUAUAGGUGUUUAGUGAUAUAAGAGCUGAAGAUUCACUAAAAUGCUGUGGCAGUAAUUAAAAUUUAAAGAGACAGUUUAGGUGGGAGGUGAUAAUCAUAGUAAGUCCCCGAUUUAGGAAUGAGUACUGAACCUAGAGACCGUUCCUAAGUUAAAUUCAUUCCAAAGUCUGACACGAGUCUUAUACAUCCGUGACACAAAUAUACAAUGUACAUUGCUUUGUGCUUCCUACAGACCCCUCCCAUCACUACUGCUUUUCCUCUUGCUUCCAGACAUCGUGGACUCUGACUGAGCAUUGUACUAAGCUCGAGCGCUAGCCUUGCAACAGGAGGAAGGGAAGACAGUGAUGUACACAGCUGUGGGCUCCGAAUGGCGGCUCUUUGGCUAUCCACGCCGACGGCGGCCCCUGAGUUCUGUAGUUCUACAGCAGGGUCUGGCCGAUCGAAUUGUCAGAGACAUUCGGGAAUUCAUUGAUAACCCUAAAUGGUAUACUGACAGAGGGAUUCCCUACAGACGUGGCUAUCUGCUUUACGGGCCUCCUGGCUGUGGGAAGAGCAGUUUUAUCACAGCCCUGGCUGGAGAACUGGAACACAGCAUCUGUCUGCUGAGUCUCACGGACUCUAGCCUGUCUGAUGACCGGCUCAACCACCUGCUGAGUGUGGCCCCGCAGCAGAGCCUGGUGCUACUGGAAGAUGUGGAUGCCGCUUUUCUCAGUCGAGACCUGGCUGCAGAGAACCCUGUGAAGUACCAAGGUCUAGGUCGUCUCACUUUCAGUGGGCUGCUCAAUGCAUUGGAUGGUGUGGCGUCUACCGAGGCACGCAUUGUGUUCAUGACCACGAACCAUGUUGACAGGCUGGACCCUGCCCUGAUACGCCCUGGGCGAGUAGAUAUGAAGGAGUACGUGGGCUACUGCUCACACUGGCAGCUGGUACAGAUGUUCCAGAGGUUCUAUCCGGGGCAAGCACCUUCCUUGGCUGAGACUUUUGCAGAACGUGUCCUUCAAGCUACAACCCAGAUUAGUCCUGCCCAGGUGCAGGGCUACUUCAUGCUGUAUAAAAAUGACCCUGCAGGGGCAAUUCAUAAUGCUGAGUCCCUGAGGUAAAUGGCCAGGCCAUGCUCAGCUCUCCUUUCUGAAGAAAUCAAUAAAUACUUGCCACUCUG